CCAAAAGCCACGGCUUGGAAAAACACUAGCGACUCAACAUGCAGCGAAUAACGGGAAGAACUGGAGAUGAUAGUUUAAUAGAGAUGAGCCCGACAGAGUCUUAUAAUGAUGAUGUAAACGGCUACCACCAAAAUGACUCAUAUAGUGGAGAGUCGUUCCAGCAGGGACCGUCAAUGAUUGACAAGCAACAACAAAGUAAAGACUCUGUGUUCUUCCGUGAUGGAAAGCGCAGGGUGGAUUUUGUCCUGUCCUACGUUGACGACAAAGAUGGUGAGAGGAAACAGGAGAGGAGGAAGGUGUAUGAAGCCAAUCUGGAAAAUGUUGGCCUGGAGCUGGAGACGGAAGAUAAAUCAGAGUCAGAAGAUGGAAGAACGUAUUUUGUUAAGGUCCAUGCUCCGUGGGAAGUGUUGGCCACCUACGCACAAGUCCUAAAGAUCAAGGUCCCGUUCAAGGUCAACGACAUCACAAACCACAAGGAGAUGCCAAUGAACUGGCUUUCCACUCCCUUUCGUCUGCCGGAGCACAUCAUGCAGCCUGAGCCGGACUUCUUCACGGCUCCCUUCAACAAGAGCAAGUCUGACUUCUUCCUUAUCGACGACAAAAACACUUUCUUCCCCCCUUCGACUCGCAACAGGAUAGUCUACUAUAUCCUGGCCCGAUGUUCAUACGUAAAUGAACAAUGUAGAGAUAAAGACAAGAAGGGAAUCAAGAGGUUACUCAACAAUGGCACCUACACUGCUGCCUUCCCGCUGCACGAUUCUAGAUAUUGGAAAAGAUCGAAGGAUCCUAACUGCGAAAGUGAAAGGUUCAGUCUCUACAAACACUGGGCCAGAUUCUUUUGUUUCUUCAAAGAGCAGCCGCUCAACCUUAUAAGGAAGUAUUAUGGGGAGAAGAUUGGUAUUUAUUUUGCGUGGCUGGGGUUCUACACUGAGAUGCUGCUGUUUGCUGCAAUCGUAGGAACACUUUGUUUCGUCUACGGAGUCUUUACCUACGAUGACAAUCAGUGGAGUAAAGAAAUAUGUGAUGCGAACAUUGGAGGCAAUAUUAUCAUGUGUCCGCUGUGUGACAAGAAAUGUAGCUACUGGAAACUCAACUCGACAUGCAACUCCUCAUGGCAAUCACAUCUAUUUGACAAUGUGGGAACAGUGUUUUUUGCCAUAUUCAUGGGGAUUUGGGUGACGCUGUUCCUGGAGUUUUGGAAGAGGCGGCAGGCCCGUCUCGAGUACGAGUGGGAUCUGUUUGACUUUGAGGAGGAGCAGCAACAACUCCAGCUUCGACCAGAGUAUGAGACCAAGUGCACCAACCGCAAGAUGAACCGCAUCACUCAGGAAAUGGAGCCUUACUUACCCAUAACAAGCAAGUGUGCACGCACAUGUCUGUCUGGAGCCACCGUCCUGUUCUGGAUCUCAUUGAUCAUUGCCUGCAUCAUGGGAGUGAUAGCAUAUCGUCUGGCCGUAUAUGCAGCCUUCGCCAGCAUCAUGAAGGACAGUCCCACCUCCAAUCUGCAUGUGGUUGGUCCCUACAUCACUCCACAGCUGGCCACCUCUGUCACCGCCUCCUGCAUCAACUUUGUCAUCAUCAUGAUCCUCAACCUCAUGUAUGAAAGAGUGGCUGUUUGGAUCACUGACAUGGAAAUUCCAAAGACCCAUCUGGAGUACGAGAACAAACUGACAGUGAAGAUGUUCCUCUUCCAAUUUGUCAACUAUUACUCGUCCUGCUUCUAUGUGGCCUUUUUUAAGGGCAAGUUUGUCGGCUAUCCUGGAGAUUACGCUUAUAUGUUUGGCAAGUGGAGCAACCUGAGGAAUGAAGAGUGUGACCCCGGUGGCUGUUUGAUUGAGUUGACCACCCAGCUGGUAAUUGUGAUGACUGGUAAACAGGUGUGGGGCAACAUCCAAGAGGCUCUGGUCCCGUGGUUGAUGAACUGGUGGGGCAGCAGGAAGUCACGAAGCCAUCCAGAGAGUCUGUACAGCCGCUGGGAGCAAGACCAUGACCUGCAGAGCUUUGGACAGCUGGGUCUCUUCUACGAGUACCUGGAAAUGGUGAUCCAGUUUGGUUUCAUCACGCUGUUUGUUGCCUCCUUUCCUCUGGCACCCCUGCUGGCACUUUUCAACAACAUCAUCGAGGUCAGAGUGGACGCCUGGAAGCUCACCACUCAGUUCAGACGUCCUGUGGCAGCCAAGGCCCACAGCAUCGGGGCCUGGCAAGAAAUCCUCAAUGGGAUGGCCGUCCUCUCUGUUGUUACGAAUGCAUUCAUUGUGGCCUUCACCUCUGAUAUGAUUCCUCGACUUGUGUACAUGUAUGCCUACCACGGUGAACUGAAUAUGAAAGGCUACAUAAACAACAGCUUGUCUGUUUUCAAUAUCUCAGAGUUCAAAGUAGACAACAGGCCCGAGGAUGGGGAGAACCCCGCAUGGUUCAACAGCUCCAUCACCAAUUGCAGGUAUCGUGAUUACCGCUACCCUCCUGGCCAUGAGAAGCAGUACGCCCACACUAUGCAGUUCUGGCACAUAUUGGCUGCCAAGCUGGCUUUCAUCAUCAUCAUGGAGCACGUCGUGUUUCUGGUCAAGUUCUUUGUUGCCUGGAUGAUUCCCGAUGUUCCCUCUGAUGUGAGGGCUCGAGUAAAGAGAGAGCGUUACCUGGUCCAGGAGUAUCUCCACAACUAUGAAGUGGAGAAGCUGAAGAUCCAACUCAGCCAAGUCGGCAGCAAUGAGUGUAACUGCACGCCCAUGAUUUAUCCGUCUAUAUCCAAAAAUGAAAUGGUGCCAGAGUGUCUCUAG